AUGGAAGAGCGAGACAUUGUGCGUCAAUUUCUGCGGGUGAUGCCCUCAAAAUUUGAUGCACUUACCUUGUCUCUAAAGUAGUAUGGAGAUCUAGAAAAGGUUAGUCUCGACGAAAUGAUUGGCUCACUUACCGUUCACGAGUUGCGGCUUAAAGAAUGCGAGUCACGUGAAGAGGAAUAG